AUGUCGUCCUUCUUUACUGUUCCCGCCUCUCAGAGGAAGAGAAAGCGGACAGAAGGAGGAAAUGGCCCCAUCAAGGCCAGAAAGAGGAGAGAAGCCAACAGGAGCGAGCAGCGCCCAGAAACCACAGAAGAAUCCUCCACACGACGGAAACCUACAAGACCUCGAGACCGAGACCGAGAUGAAUCAAUAUCUGGAAGUGACUCAGAGUCACAGAUCGAACUAGAAUCCGGUGAAGAGUCAGAGGCGACAUCAGAAGAGGGCGAGAAUGCUGCGGACCGCAGAAUCCGACUGGCACAGAGAUAUUUGGACAAUAUCAGGCAGGAGGUGGACGAGGCUGGCUUCGAUGCAGAGGACUUGGACAAAGACAUUAUUGCUACAAGACUUAGGCAAGACGUGGAUGAGGCAAAAGGGCGACAGUUUAGACUACUGGCCAACAAACUCGACUUCUCCGGUGCUUCCCACACAGCCUUUCGAGCUGACACAGAGAGUACCACUGGAGUGGCUGUCAGUCAGCCCUAUCUCUUUACAGUCAGCAAGGAUAAAACCUUGAUCAAGUGGAAGCUACAGUCGCCAAUUAUUCCUGAUGGAAAGACAGCACCAUCACGGAGGAAGCGACCUCAACAAGUAGCAUAUGUCAAGGGUGUCAAGAUUCGUGCCCUGGCCCCCCAACAGCAUGGCCAUACCGGUUCGAUAUUGUGCGUGGCAGCAUCACCCGACGGGAAAUUUGUCGCAACCGGAGGAGCCGAUAAGAAACUGAUCAUCUGGUCGGCCGAGGACCUGAAACCGCUCAAAACUUUCACAACACAUCGUGAUGCUGUGACAGCGUUGGCAUUUGCACCCAAGUCCACAACUGAGUCUGGGUUUGGAGCGCAGCUUUUCAGCGCCAGCAAGGAUCGGUCGCUCAAAAUUUACAGUCUAGCUGGAGAAGACAGUCUUGCCUAUGUCGAGACGCUGUUUGGUCAUCAAGACCACAUCCUGGAUGUCUCGGCGGUAUCAGUUGACCAAUGUGUCUCGGUGGGAGCCAGAGAUCGAAGAGCUUUGUGGUGGAAGGUAGUUGACGAGUCACUGACGAAAUUUCUGGGUGACAGUUCCAAGCAUGAUACAUACCAGACGGGAAGCCUGGAUUGUGUCGCCGCUCUGCCACCCAACCAUUUUGUCACUGGUUCCGACUCGGGUGCAAUCAGUCUGUGGAGUGUCCACAAGAAGAAAUCGCUAUUCACGAUCCAGACGGCACACGGCGUGGACGAGCCCUUACCACUCGAAGACGUCACAGCUGAGAUUGAUCCAGCGGCCUUGGAAAGGCUGAAGCUGAGUGACAAACGCAGACCCAUUCCCCGAGCCAUCACUGCCCUUACCGCCCUUCCAGGGACCGACAUCGUCUUGAGUGGUAGUUGGGAUGGUUGGAUCAGAAUAUGGAAGUUGAGCGACGAUAAACGAUCUUUGAUAUCACUUGGUGUUGUAGGAGGCAGCGAGAGCCAUCCAACCACACAAACCAACGGUGUCACUGGUAAUGUCGACAAUGAGACCAAUGGAGUGACGAAUGGAGACGAAUCGUCUUUAGAACACCCUGCUAAAGCAGACGCCCGAGGCCCAGCCCGUGGAUUUGUCAAUUCAAUAGCGGUCUUUGAGCGAAGAAAGGAAAUUGUGAAUGAAUUUGGAGGGACCAAGGAAGGCGAAUGUCAAGGUCUCUGCAUUGUUGCCGGGACAGGCAAAGAUUUGAGACUGGGGAGAUUCAUGAAACUCCCAGGCUCCAAGAAUGGAGCGGUUGUAUUUGAGGUCCAGCUGAGCAAGCAGGUGUAGACUUUGGAUGAGUGGUCUUUACACG